AUGUGUCGUCCAUCUCGUCCAUUCGCACGAAGCGCUUCUCAUCGCUUUGCCAUCCUAUGGCUACGACAUACGCACCUGAAGGUCGUCUCUAUCGUCGAAGGUUUCUCUCUCUGCUCUACAGCUGACGAAGUAGGGCUUCAUGCGUUUUGCGACCAAUUUGAGGAGAUCAUCCACAACGAAAAGUCCUACAAAUUUGUUGCUGUGGAUUUCAAGGCUAGGCUUGGCGAAGCACAAGAGGAGGAGUACAGGAUGAGGAAGUUCGGAAUGGGGCAAGAACGAGAGCGGAAACCGCCUAAAUAG